AACAGCUGGGGAUGCUCUUACGGUCCGUGCGGAGCCACCGGCGAGACCCAGCGCCGGUCGCGGUCGCCCUUUGCCUUUUCAUCACCUCUUCCUUCGCCGACUUACUACUCAGUUUCCCCCUUCCACUCCCUCACGAUCCCCGCGCCGCGACAGGCCUCUCCCUUCCGGUUACAGCGCGGCUACGCCUCAGCCAACGGAUCCCGCAUCGUCAAGUCCCCAGCCGCACUCCAGGCCGCGCCGUCCGGGCUGCCGCGAGCUUCCGCCGACGCCCCACGCCGUCGACGAGCCUCUCCCAGUCGUCCCACGCCGCUACGAGCCUCCCCCGCCAUAGCGCUGCUGUGCUGUUGCCCCCGCAGCGACGAGCUUCCGCCGACGCCCAGCACCUGUCUUGCUCGACCUCCCGCGGUCCCGCCGACGCCACGCCUCCUGCCGCGUCAAUUCUCCAUUCGAUUGCAAGUCUGCCUGUGCAAGGUAUAGAUCAUGUUUUACUGACAGGAUCAGUGGUAGAGGUACUGUUACAGCAGAAAUAUAAGGUUCGCAUUCCUACAUCUUUGGAAAUGCAUCCUCAUCUAACCCUACACAGGCAUCCUAUGUGUGCUGAGAUUAUCGAAGAAUUCCAGAAGUGCCAUGUGGAUCACCCCAUCAAAAAAUUCUUUGGUGAAUGCACAGAUCUUAAGAUUAAGCUUGAUCGGUGCUUCCGGCAGGAGAAAGCUGUGAAGAGAAAGGCAAACUUUGAAGAGAGCAAGAAAUUUAAAGAAAGGUUGCAGGCUUAUAAAAAGGAAAUGGCUGAGAAAGAAAAUGAAUCAUAACUUCGAACGGAGGACAAGGACAUUCACUGAAUGCUAUUUGGCUGCAAUCCUGUGGCUUCAACUUUGUGAAACGAAGUUCCGGACUUGUUUUUACUUCAUGUUUACAUCACAUAUCUACCGUUAUAAGAUUACAGCUGAGGUCAUAUUAUCUAUUUAGAAGUUCAAAUUUCUCUAUGUGGCUGUUGCUAUUCAUGGUUAGUCUAUUCCCCAUCAUAUAUAGACAAUAAAUCUUGCUCUAAGUUGGUGUUGUACUGUAAAAACUUCUAUAUGAAAUCUUUUUUUCUUUUCGAAA